ACAACAUGUAUUUGUCAUGCUCUACGAAGAAAAGAGAGGGAACAGACGUGAAAUUCCCAGGGAAAGCACGCGAUACUCCUUCGAGGAAGUACUGUUAUCUUGCGUGUGAUCGGACACUUAAAGCUGAUGAAAUGGUUUGUACCCUGUGUUAGUCAAUAAGAAAAGGAAUGCCAAAUAUAGUGUUGUUUUCAGAAGCUAUCAAACAAUUAGGAACAUAACCACAGCUCCGCGGGAGACGACUAAUCAUAAUAUUCACCGGGAUCAUUUUACUGCUCAUGCGUGCUUUCUUAGCAGGACAAUUGUCAUCAGAGUCUCACGCUGUGUUUUAACGGUGUAACAUAUGCUACUACACUCAAAACUUUCGCGUAGCCUCUCUUUAAUAAUAGUUUGCCGCGUUAUUAUUUACACUUGCCUAGAGCUGUUCCAUAUUCAAAACCCGGGGAAACCUUGAAAUGGACGGUGGCUUCGCCAAACGCUACUCAUUACCGUUCGAGGGUGCAGCUCUUCGGUCUUCGUCUGCGAGCAACUUGCCAACCACCUCGACCGCGGGCUUUAACGAACACAAGAAGGAGCCGCCGUUAGGAAUGAAUCACUUGCUGGACUCAGGGAGCCAUCUUUCGUCGAUCAGAUUUGCACACAGAGCACAAGCAGAAGCUGUCGCAUUCGAUCAAAAACCGCCCGGGAUGUCUUCGCAGCAGACUCUGUAUCACUCGUUUCCAGCGUACCGUCAUGUUUCUUCUCAAGGAUUCCCACCUGAGUUUAUCCAUCACCAGGACUCACACUUAGGAUCAGCCAACCUAGCGAGUUCUCACUCGCUUGCUCUUCACGACCCCAUCGCUUCCAACACACCCAAUUACUCACAUAGGCACAACAUGUUCAGUUCGCCACCAACCGCUGCAAUUCACGGAAACAACAUAAACUACCAUCACGCAGUGACGCAUAAAGGCUUAGAUGUCACGAGCAAUCCACAUAUACACUACGGAGCACUUACAUCAGGACACGAGGCAACCUCUCCACACCAUGGAAUGCCUCCUGUACUCAACAAUCAGCUCAGAUAUCGAGGAGACUUUUACUCUCGAGCCGAUCGAUUUGCACAAGGUGGCCUCGGUAGUCCUUUCUUGGAUCAUGGUCCACCAGGAUAUGGAGGGCCGACUGGACCGGGAAUGUAUCAUCUUCCCUUGAUGAAACAACCCACAAAUCAAAUUCUAACUUGCCUUUGGAUAGACCAGAACCCAGUGCAAGGGAAACGGAAACCUUGCGGCAAGCAGUUCACCAUGAUGCCUGAUUUAGUAUCGCACAUCUCAGACGAACAUGUAAGCAUCAACGACUCCAACUUGCACGUCUGCUACUGGCAAGAGUGCGGGAGAAGCGGACAGCCAUUCAAGGCAAAAUACAAGUUGGUAAACCACAUUCGAGUCCACACUGGGGAAAAACCCUUUCCAUGUCCUUUUCCCGGAUGCGGAAAACUGUUCGCUAGGUCAGAGAACUUAAAAAUUCACAAACGAACUCACACGGGAGAAAAACCAUUCGAGUGCGAGUUCCCUGGCUGCGAUCGCCGCUUCGCCAACUCAAGCGACAGAAAAAAGCAUUCGCACGUUCACACUUCAGAUAAACCGUACAUUUGUAAAAUCGAAGGGUGCAACAAAAGCUAUACGCACCCCAGCUCACUUCGAAAACACAUGAAACUUCAUGAAACUGGUGGACUAAGGCCUUUGUCGCCGCCUAUUUCACAAACGAACGGACAGCGGGACAGUAUAAGUUCAGACAAGGAUAGCCCAAUAAAGCCUGCGGCCAGAUCUCCGUCGCCGAGGCCACGAUCAAAUGCAGAGAACAAUUCAGAAUGGUACUCUUGCUAACUGCAGAUUUUGCAAAUAAGUUGAAGCACUGGACAUCUGUAGACAGCCUUAAAAGAGUCGAAGUUUUACAGGAGUACAAAUGUUAGGUAAAAAUUUUCGCAACGAAUUUUUAAAAGCGUUCUAGGCAACAAUCUUAGCUUCGUAAUGUAAUGUAAGAAAACUCCUUAUGCAGAAAUUUCAUUCGUUUAGAAAGUUAUGAACGAUUUACACAGUUCUAAAUUAAAGCAGCACUUUUUAAUUUGCAAAUAAGACGAUAAAAGGGAAGUACUUAUGAAGUGCUUUCUCUUAUCGAAUACUAUUGCAUGUACAGAUUCCCUCUCAUAUAUGUAAAUAUUUGUUUCCAGUUACCUUAACCAGGUAGUCGUGUAAAUCUUGAAAAGAUGUACAGAAAUUGCUUAUAGGAGAAUACCAUGCAAUAUCUGAAACCUACUUUGUAGCAAACACAACUAAAUCUGUGAACCAGUUGGAUGCAAAAGACAAAACAAAUGUUGAAUACUACAUGUAAAACCUUCAUUACUUCGCAAGAGUGCGCGGUUUCCGAUCAAAAGUAACAGAGAAAGGGAAAGAUUUUUCUCUCAAAAAAUGUUACAGUCCUCGAACGGAAGGAUUAGCCGAAGAAUUCGAUUUUUCCGAAAAAGUCACGUUUCGUGAGGCAGAACGUAGCAAUUACAAACAUUUGGAAGCCAUGCUGUUCGCACCGGUUACCGCUAACAGUAAACUUUUCAAGUCGAGUCACGAAAAAUGAGGCGUCAAAAAAAGUUUUGGAACACAUUACUGCUCUUGAAGGAUAUGGUGUUCAAGAAUUUGUUAUUUCGUCGUAAGCAUGGUCUAUGUAAGAGAUAGGAAAGCUAUCCUCUCCUUAGUCCUUGCAUAACGAAACAAACGGUGCUUAGUCUUAAGGACGGUUUGUAUCGUGUGAUGAUUUCCAUUUUGGAAAAACAAAACCUAUUAAUUUAUUUUCUUAACUGGUGAAAAUAAAAUUCCGCUUAACGCCAAAAUAGCCAUUGAAAAUUUUGAUUUUCCUUCCGUGUUAACAAGAUUUCUUAUCUUUCUUUCACUAAAAGCGUAUGAUUGUUAAGAGACGGCAAUGAGUGUAAAGCUGAGCCUUGAUUAAUUAAACAUGGCCACCUUGGCCUUCUCCACUCGCUUCAAUAUUUUUCGUGAAAUUUCUUUUCAAAAUUUGGGUUCGACAUAUCUUUCAAAUCGAGGGGCUGAGUAAAAGAUUCACUUACCAUGAAGCGCAAUUUCAAACUUAUACUGCCAUUAUAAUUUAACCAAGAAUAUCCUUAUAUCAAUCAAGGACUAAUCUAAGUCUUCGAACGCAGUGAAUCAGUGCAGUUCUUCAAGAACAACAAUUACCGAAGCAUUUUAUAGAGCAACAAAGGUUUCUGUACGUUUCAGUGAGGCCCUCGCAAAUUUUAACCUCACCAUAGCCAAUCUGUAUCAUUGAGCUAGCAAAUAUGGCACCUUUUAUCAUGGCCAAACACAGUGUGUUUUCAAAGUAAGAUAAGACUGUAAAGAGUGUUGGACGCUGGUUUUCACAGGGAGUGAAACGACAACUCAAUUUUACAUUCGCCCCAAGAAUGAAGAGUCGAAGGUUAAAAGUUUUUCUUCCACUAAGUGCUGAAAUAAGGAUUCCCUUCGGAAAUAUGAGGGGGAGGAAACAGCUGGGAGAUUUUAUUUCUGCUGUUUGCAGUUUUUGAGUUUAAAAAGUACCCCAGCGAGUUGUCUGCCCCCUCGAAGUUCAAAAGAUUUCUACGGUUCCCAGACAGUCAAGCUUUGUCAGAA